CAGCUUCUCAGCUUCAGUGAAACAUCGUCAGGUCAGAUCACUGAGAAGAACAAUGGAAGGCACAUCUCACUGUCUGAUCUUUCUGAUCUUCUUGCUGAGCUGCUCAACAGAUCCAGUCCUCCCAGUUCGUCUGACUGUGAGUCCCAGCAGAUCUCAGUUCUUUCUAUAUGAACCUGUGAUUCUGACCUGUGAGGAUGAAAACAGAUCUGAUGGAUGGACUGUGAGGAGAAACACAAGCAGAGAGAUCAGGAACCGAUGUGGAGAUGGAUUUGGUAACUUAGCUGUUUCUACCUGCACCAUCAGUUACCUGUUCCCAUCAGAUACUGGUCUGUACUGGUGUGAGUCCAUGUCUGGAUCCUCCAGCAGCAGCAGCAGCAUCCAGCUCUCUGUCUCUGGUGGAUCAGUGAUCCUGCAGAGUCCUGUCCUCCCUGUGAUGGAGGGAGAUGACGUCACUCUGAGCUGCAGAGCAAAGAAUCCAACCCACAACCUCCCAGCUGCUUUCUAUAAAGAUGGCUCCUUCAUUGGUGAUGAAACUACUGGCAACAAGAUUCUCAACUCAGUGAAGAAAUCUGAUGAAGGCCUCUAUAAAUGUAAUGUCAAAGGUCAUGGAGAGUCUCCAUCCAGCAGGAUCUCUGUCAAAGAGAAACCUCCAACCACCUCUCCACCUUCCUCCUCCUCCUCUCCACCUUCCUCCUCCUCCUCUUCCUCAGGUGAGCAGCUUCUCCUUCAGCUCUGAGUCUUGAUGUUUACAGCAGACGGUUAUUUAGCAGCUUCUUCUUUCUAGAGAAACUCACCAACAUCUCUGAGUCUACAGUCACACCUGGUCCAGGUUCUUCCUCCAUCCUUCUCAUAGUGGAGCUCCUUGUUAAAUCUGGUUGUGUUUUGGUUUUCCUGGUGUUGCUGGUUGUUCUGGUUUUACUGGUGAAACGACUUCAUAACAAACCUAAGGUGAUGAAGGAGGAAGAGGAGAGGAUGACAUCACUUCCAGAAACAUCAGGAUGUUCCAGAGGAAACAGAAGAAAAGCAAACCAGGAACAGGAAAUG